GAGGGAAAAGAUUUUGUGAUAUGUCCUAAGCAGUAGUCAGUAGAAGUAGACUAAUUUUAAUCUCUGCAGAGCCAAAAGAGAAGAGGAAAAAGCAGGGCAAGGGCUGUCAGCCGGGGGACGGGGAGAGAGAGACAGAGAUAGAGGGAGAUCGAGAGAAAAUGGUGACGUCAUCGGUGGUGAACACGUACCCGCUUUCUAGUUACACCUUCGGGACAAAGGAGCCGAAGAUGGAGAAAGACACCUCCGUUGCCGAUCGCCUUGCUCGCAUGAAAGUCAAUUAUAUGAAGGAGGGCAUGAGGACUAGCGUAGAAGGAAUUUUACUGGUCCAGGAGCACAAUCAUCCACACAUUCUUCUUCUUCAAAUUGGUAAUACUUUCUGCAAACUUCCUGGUGGGCGGUUGAAGCCUGGAGAGAAUGAAAUCGAGGGCUUGAAACGGAAACUGUCGAGCAAACUUGCUGCUAAUUCAGCGGCUCUUCAGCCAGAUUGGCAGAUUGGUGAAUGUGUGGCCAUAUGGUGGAGACCGAAUUUUGAAACGAUAAUGUAUCCAUACUGCCCUCCCCACAUAACAAAACCUAAGGAAUGUAAAAAGCUUUUCCUUGUUCACCUUUCCGAAAGAGAGUAUUUUGCUGUUCCAAAGAACUUGAAACUUCUUGCAGUUCCAUUGUUCGAACUCUACGACAAUGUUCAGAGAUAUGGGCCUGUGAUCUCCACUAUCCCACAACAGCUGUCUAGAUUCCAGUUCAACAUGAUCCAUCCUUGAUAUACAUGUUGAAAUGCAGGUUGCCAGUUUGCUGUGACUGAAGCAUGUCCGACUUGAUGGUAUGAUCCAUCCUCAGUUGGGCCCAAACUCUAUUAUUUUCUCAUGGAUAUUUAAGUCAUUUCCCGUUUUAAGAUACUCUGGACCUGCUUCUUAGGUGUAAUGUAGGAGCAUUUGAUCAAAUCAUAACAUGGUGAAUCAAAGACUAUCUGGUUAAGAGGCCGUUUCCUUUGGGCUUCAUUUGACUAUUUCCAGACAUCAUUUUUUAUGUUUUGUAUUUUCACUGUGUUUGCCUAUUGAUAUUUGUUAUUGUGCUUGAUGGAUGUAAGUGGACCCAUUAUGGUGGAGGUUCACGGUAGUUCCCUCUGGUGUUAACCUGAUUGUAAAGUAUGGCUAGAGUAGAUAUUCAGACGCCAAAUUCCUGGUUGAAUCUGAAAAUCUUUUUAUUUUUUCUCUCCUGGAAAGGAAGUCCCUCGAUGUAACCACCUUUGACCCCCACAAAUAGUCUUCGGAUAGGUGCCAUAUGUAUUGAAUAGAUUCAGCUUAUUUGUAGUACCAUAACGACUGUUUUCGGAAGGUUGUAAUUACUCUCCUGUUCUGCUUA